AUGAGGCUCAUCUCCCAUCAGUGGACACUUCUAGCUGUCGUCAUGGUGGUACUCAAUUUGACCUUCGGUAAUGAGGCUAAGAUGACACCCAGGCCCAAGUACCAGCAGACCAAGAAGCUUGUAUCUCAGGACACAGUACACAACCCCAAAACAGCCAGCAACCCUGCGGAGUUGGACCCGCUCCCAACCUACCAGGGUCAUGUUGUUGUUCCUCAGGACCACACUGUGAGCACGGAGCAUCCCAGUAUAGGUCCGGACAACUACACGCUGGAUUAUAACGAGUGUUACUUCAAUUUCUGCGAGUGCUGUCCACCUGAGAGAGGUCCCCAAGGGCCAAAGGGAGACGAUGGCCCACCAGGCCCACCAGGGGAAAGGGGAUACACCGGAUCAGUCGGCUCACCUGGACCAAAGGGUGCGAGUGGUUUUCGGGGGGUCAAAGGAGAAAAAGGCGAAAAGGGGGAAAGAGGAAACAGUGGCCCAGGUGGAUACCCUGGAGUUAUGGGGAAACCAGGACCAAAAGGUGAUCUUGGACUAAAAGGACAGAAAGGUGAGACGGGUGUGGAAGGCGUCAAAGGCGAAGGAGGGCAGAAAGGCGAACAUGGACAGAAUGGAACCGCUGGUCAGAAAGGGGAACCAGGAAAGGUUGGGCCGGCUGGACGCCCCGGAGUAAUUCUUGGUCCUAAGGGAGAGAAGGGUGAUAAGGGGGAGUGUGGGACAUUUGGGGAGAGAGGGUCAAAAGGUGACCGCGGAGACACUGGCUCUCCGGGAAUCCCGGGAGUGAUGGGAAUCCCCGGAAUCAACGGCAAGCACGGGGCUCCGGGUCCCAUCGGUGUGCGUGGGGAUCCUGGACCUCCUGGAGCGCAGGGAGAGCCCGGGGUGAGAGGGGCGCAGGGACCACAAGGCGUUAGAGGAGUUCAGGGGCCAAAAGGGGAUAGAGGUUACCACGGGAUGAGAGGGGAGCGGGGAAUUCGUGGCUUCAAAGGAGCGAAGGGUUCAGCCGUCCCCCAGAAGCGGUCUGCCUUCAGCGUUGGCAUCUCACCGAAGAAGUCCUUCCCUCCGUCUGGAUUCCCAAUCAGCUUUGACAAAGUGUUCUACAACGAAGAAAACCACUUCAACGUCAGCAGCAACAGCUUUUCGUGCAUCUACGCCGGCGUCUACGUCUUCUCCUUCCACAUCACCGUCCGAAAUCAACCCCUACGCGCAACGCUGGUGGUGAACGGCUCGCGGCGGGUGAGGACGCGGGACUCGCUGUACGGCCAAGACAUCGACCAGGCGUCCACUCUGGUGGUGCUGCGUUUGGCGGCGGGCGAUCAGGUGUGGAUGGAGACCCUCAGAGACUGGAACGGUGUUUACGCCAGCAGUGAGGAUGACAGCAUCUUCUCCGGAUUUCUACUUUACUCUCCCUGAUG